ACUACAUUUACUAAUGCUAAUCCUGCUAAAAAUACUCACUGCAGUACACACUCCACCAAAAGCACAUCGACACCAUAAACCCAUUUUUAUUCUCAUUCUUUCCCUAAAAACUCGAAUUUCAGACAGAAGUUUGAAGGAAGAAAAUCAGAGAAAGAUGAAAGAAGGAAGAGGAUCGAGCUUAGUGUACCUGCUAGUGGUGGUUCUCUGCUUAGUUGCCUUCACUUUCUCCAUCGCCGCCGAACGCCGCCGCAGCCGUGGUAAUAUAAUCAAGGAUGAAGUGACCAAUUCGACGUACUGUACCUACAGUUCAGAUGUUGCUACUGGAUAUGGAGUGGGUGGAUUCUUGUUUCUUCUUUCAAGUGAAUCACUGCUUAUGGGUAUGACAAGGUGCAUGUGCUUUGGAAGACCUUUGGCACCUGGAAACGAACGAGCAUGGACAAUCAUUUACUUCUUCUCUUCAUGGUUAACAUUUCUGGUUGCGGAAGCAUGUCUACUUGCAGGUGCAACCAAGAAUGCUUACCAUACCAGGUACCGCCAUGUGCUUUAUGCACAGAACUUCUCAUGUGAGAGUCUGCGUAAAGGUGUUUUUAUUGCUGGAGCUGUAUUUGUGGUAUUCAACAUGAUCUUAAAUGUGUACUACUACUUGUACUUUUCUAAAGCUACAAGCUCGCAGACAACAUCUCACAAAGCAAAUCGCUCGAGCUCUACUGUCGGAAUGACCGGGUAUAAAUAGGUUAUUGAAUAUCUUUUUUAGGUUGAAAGUCACUUAGAAGAGUUGUGCAUUUUCUCCAUUGUUGUGAAAACUAUAUAGAUCAUUUAUGUGCAUCAGAUGUACCCCGACGUGUCUAUAAUAUGGUGUAAGCUACAAAUAUCAGUUUAUCAUUUAGAAAGCAAAACAAGCUAUCGGUAAGUUUGAGCUUUUUUGGCCGAGAAAGAAGUAAUUGAUCUUUUCUUCUUCCGUCAAAAUGGGAAGCGUCAACCAUUCGGAGUA